GAGCGUAGGUGGCAGCAUAUCAGUAGGUGACAGCAUAGAGACAGACCCUGAUGGAUGACUGAGAUAAUGUCGCAACUGGCCCCCUCUCAAUUUUGACUUUGUGGCUGUGCUAACUAGUGGAAACCAGCAGAUCACCUCAAUCAGCAUUGAGCCCGGUGUAGAGGUCGAGGUAACCCUACUGACGCAUAUGCUGUUUUGUACUCCAAAUCUGGAAACGGAAAAUGUUUUACUUGCACGUGACUUCUAUACAGAAACAUUUUGUCGGAUUCGGAAGCUGUCUGGGUUCACCACUCCUCAGACUCUAAAACACCACGGCGUCGCUUGGUGCGUGCUUUAUCAGAAACACGAUUUUACAGUUUGUUGACUACCUGUAUUUACAAUAAAAUUACUGGAUUUUAUUAGCUAAUUUAGCUYCAUCCACUGACUUUGUGAAAAAAGCGACUGUUUACAAGAUUGCAAGCCAGCGACCGACAUAGCUAUCCAGAUGCCGAGUCGAGUUAGCAACUUGAAGCGGCGAAAGGGGAUGUGCACUGUUGCCUCAAGCGGUUUCCAUCUCGAGGUGAAGAGUUCAGAUAAGAGUUCAGGGAAGAGGAGGCAUGUUAAAAAAAUGAAAAUUGAAGACUCAAAAACAGAAAUGCCCCUGAAUGACUGGAUGGUUGGUGGUUGUAGGGAGUCAACAACCAUUUCUGAGAGGCUCAGCUAUGACGGUUGCGAGAGGCCUGAAAAGACAAGUUGUGGAGCACCACCAGACCUGGAGGAAUUGUGGGAGGGUAAAGAGAACGGUGUGCGAUUGGAGUUGAAUUACUGUCGAACAAACGGGUUGCCAGAGAAGAUGGCGGAUGACGAAACAGAAGAGGGUGUUGUGAUUGACAAGAGCGUCUUCCUUGAUGAUGACAGUAACCAGGUUCUUCCUGUGGAAAAGUUCUUCGGAAACAUGGAAGUUGUGCAGGAUUGUCCACGGAGAUCUACGGCCACUUCGACCUUCAGCAGGAGGGAGCACAGGAGACGACAGUACUAUGCCAAAGAUGACAGUGAUGAAGWGGGCUACACAGAAAUGCAUCAAGAUGAAAUAGUUGGCACUUAAUUUACAGAAGUAACUCAUUCCAAUCAAUGGGAUGGAAUAAAACUUGUCCUUAAACGACCUUAAUGUCACAGUUGAGCCCGAUAAAGUGGAUUCGUUCAACAGAACCAGGGUAUCAAGUUAAUGUUUUGCCAGCAUAUACCCUAAAGUUAUACAUUUUUGUAUUGAUAUUUGCACUAACAAAACUUCUCGCUUUUCAAUUAUCUAUACUGUAUAUUGUUUAAAUAGUACAGGUUAAGUGCUCAUUUUUUUCUUUUUAUUGUAUCUUUUACAAUAUUGUUACUGAAUGCCUUAUGUAUGCACAAUAUUUGUAGUCAAAGUUGCACUGCCAAUACAAGGAAACUUAAAUAAAGUUUCAAUUACC